ACCUCCUGAUAUUUUUAUUGAAUUUGAACCAACAUGCACAACAACAUGGCAACAAAUCAUAAAGUCUUCGUAUAUUUAUUGCGGACGUAUUUUACAUUUUCUGAGAUUAUGUCUUUAUGUCUUUAUUCAUGUAUUUAUGAAUUCAGUUUUGCAUUUUGUUCCAUGUUCAUUUUUUAAUCUAGUGUGACAACUGUCUGCAGAAGCGACACCAGGAGUGUUUUAAUGGUUGGUUGUUUCAGUGGCUUUUUAUUUUCCUUUGGCCUUUUUUUUUUUUGGUAUCAUUUCUCUGAGAUAAUGUAACAACUUCCCACGGAUCAAAUGUUAAUGUUUGUUUCCAGUGCAAACAAACCUCCUGGAGGUUUGUGUGGAUUUUAAAGGGACUUCUAACACGCCAGGGAAAGGUGAGGUUAUCUGAUCCUCCUCGCAGUUUCUCUUGAACCUCGCAGGAACUUCUUUUCUUCCUCCCUCUCCCUCUCUCUCUCUCUCUCUCGAAGCCGGUUUGACGCGAGUGACAGCGUUUGGUUACUCGUCUCCAUAAGUGCGUGUCAGCCUGAUGCGUAUCUGUGCUGUCAGCCGGAGGAAAGGUGGAUCCUCUACUACAAGCCAACACCUCUCAUCCCCCAUCCUGUCAUGCGUGUAGCAAAGUAGCUCCAUCCAGCUCCGUCUCUCUGAGUGCUGCUGCUGCUGCAGACAGCGACACUCCGGCUCUGCUCCCAGCCUCCACACAUGCUCUUGCGCGUCCUGGAAACCACGCUGCGUCUGGCACAAUGAACGGCUACGGGUCCCCCUACCUUUACAUGGGGGCUCCGGUGUCCCAACCCCGGGCCCCUCUCCAGAGGACCCCCAAGUGCGCGCGGUGCCGGAACCACGGCGUGCUGUCCUGGCUCAAGGGUCACAAGCGCUACUGCCGCUUCAAGGACUGCACCUGCGAGAAGUGCAUCCUCAUCAUCGAGCGCCAGCGCGUCAUGGCGGCGCAGGUGGCGCUCCGGAGGCAGCAGGCCAACGAGAGCCUGGAGAGCCUCAUCCCGGAGUCCCUCAGAGUUUUGCCCAGCAUCGGCAUAUCAGGGAGCGGCGACGGCAACAGCCAGGCGGCCCCGCCGAGGACGGAGGAGCUGGAGCUGAGGUGGAGCAGCACGGAGCCGGUGCAGAGUGGAGCGCAAACAUGCACAGAUUCUGCAGAGGACGGUCCCGAUGAACUUUCGGGAGCAGAGAACGGAGGUAGCUCCAGCGAGAAGGAGCAGGACCCCGUCAGCUCCCCGGAGGGCUCCAAGCCCAACUCCUGCUACACCCCCGAACCUCCGGAAACGCCCUCCCACCAGGAAGAGAGCCGCUACAGCGUCUCCAAAGCCGCCGGCGCCGAGAAGGAAGCCAAAGCAGAGAGCCCUCAGAAGUAUCCCCCCAGCCCCGGAGAGCAGAGCGUGGUGAUCGAGGGCCUGUCCGGCUCCAUCAACCUGCCCUUCAGCCUCAGAACCAACCGGCCCCCGCUGGAGGUCCUCAAGAAGAUCUUCCCCGCCCACAAGCCUCCCGUCCUGGAGCUCAUCCUCCGGGGGUGCGGAGGGGAUCUGGUGGGGGCCAUCGAGGUGCUGCUGUCCAGCCGGAGCCCUGACGGGAGCGCGCACCCUCACUCUGACCCGAACCCGGACGCCCUGGUGCUGCCUUCAAACGGACACCUGUUCGAGCACACGCUGGGCUCCUACCACCCGGUGACCUCCACCGCCAAGUGGUCGGUGGGCUCCGCCUUCCGGGUCCCCGACUCCCUCCGGUUCACCUCCGAUUCCGCCUCGGGGGUGGUGUCCACCGGCGCGCUGGGCGUCCCCCUGCAGCACCCGUCCUUCCCGCAGCCCACGCGCUACCCGCUCAUGCUGCGCAACUCCCUGACGCGCAGCCAGGCCAGCCCCUUCGUGCACAACGACGUGACUCUGUGGAAUACCAUGGCCCUGCAGCAGCAGUACCAGCUCCGCUCGGCGGCGCAGUACGUGUCCCCGUUCUCCUCGACAGGCCCCGCCGGCCCGGGGGGGUCCGUGUUCCGGAGCUCGCCCAUCCUCCCCUCCAGACCCACCGAGGAGCAGCGCAUCACCAUCCAGGAGGAGAGCUGCUCGCUGGGGCCCAAACCGGGCCUCUACUCCCCCGAUGAGGAGUACGAAGAGCGCUCUGACUCCGCUGACUCCCGCAUCCUGAACUCAUCCACCUGAACAGAAAUGCUGAUGAUGGACCUUUUUAAUUUCCAGCAAGGGAGAACCAAAAAUGUAUUAUUGUGACUGGACAUUAGUGUGCGUUGUGUCUCGUUUGGACUGAACUGUGUCGAGCAAUCACCCUUUGAUAAGGCGACGUUCCUCCUCCGACCCUCACCCUCACCCCCCCCACGCUUCAGGACAUCUCACUGGACCUGACCAAAACGGAUGAACGCGACAGACCCGCGACCACUCUCCACUUUAAAAGCCCCGCGUCUGUUUCCUGUCAGCAUGUUUAGUACUGUGAACCCCCCUGAUGUAAGGAGCCCCCGCUGCAUGUCGAGUAUGCCAAAUAAAUCUGAGUAUAGUCCACACGGUUGUGUUCUUGAGUGUUGUUGGCUCAGUCGUGGAGGCCUGGGUGGU